AUGAAGUUCACCCCCAUCAUCCUGUCGGCCGCUCUUGUCAGCGCUGGCGUGAUCCCCAGCGAAGUCCGUGUCGACGAGAGCAGGCUUGCCCAGCGCUCCGUCACCGGCGAUAAGUGUCUUACCCUUGAAUGCGCCAAGAAGGAAUACGUGCCCAUCUGGCGCGGCAAGAUCUGCGAGAAGCCCGGCUGUGAGAAGCCCAAGUGCAAGGAGCCCGAGUGCAAGCCCAAGACAGACGGAUAUGAGGAGUACUACUGGAUCGAGCAUAUCGACAGGAAGCACCGUCACAAGGACAACCGUGACGUCGCUGCGGCCGACGAAAGAGAUGACGAGGUCCUUACCAAGCGCGGCGAGUCGGCUGUUGGCAGACCCUACUUCAAGCCUUACUACGAGGAUGACCCGGACUACGAGUCGCACUUUGAGCCCAAGCCUGUGCCCGUGCCUGCGCACCCUCACCAUCGCCAUGGGCCCCCUCCCCCUUGGCGCCAUCAUCACGAAGGACCUCCUCCCCCUUGGCACCGUGGUCAUCACCACGGUCAUCACCACGGUCAUCAUCACCAUGAUCAUCCCCGCCAUGGCUGCCACCCUCAUGAUCACCACCAUCACGGGCCUCCUUGCCACCGCCGCGGCCCGGCCCCUGCUCCCACGCCCGCCCCCACGCCUGGCAAGAAGCACGACGACCGCGACGACGUGCAGUGGUACCGCGAAGAGAUUACCCACGACCACGAAGAAGACCGCCAUCAGGGCAAGAACAGCGACAAGUGCAUCCACUGCAAGCCCGCCAUCAAGGCCGUCAACACGACCGACACCAGGGCCGCCGCCGCCAACUCGGCCUUCAACAACCGCAACGGUGGCGCCCGCACGCUCAACAAUAAGUCGGGCAACAUUAUCAAGGCCGGCAGCAAGAAGACCGUCGAGGUGGUUCCCACCUUCGUCGAGGAGGAUGUGGCCGAGGAGGACAAUGACGACGAGGAGAACGCGGAGUAG